CUACUGCUGAGGCCAAUCCAUCAUCAAGUUCAGCCAUGUGACAAAAAACAAUCUUUGUGCGUCUCCGUUGAACCUGCAGCUUUACAUGGAAAAACAACAUUUUAAGAUGGAGAGGGGUGACUGAUGAUGGAAGAAGAACCUCUGGGGAAACUACGCCAGAUGAUGCCAGGAGGUGCUGCAGGCAGCUCUGGACGACUUCCAUACCAGGCACUGGUUAACCAGACGCUGGAUAUAGAGGUUAAGGGGCUGCCAAAUGACUUCACACUGAAGAAGCCUUCAUUUUAUGGACGGAAGCAGCUGGAGAUGAUUUUGAAGGCAGCAGAGCAAAUAUCAUUCCAGAUAAAAACUCAAGUGGAUGCAGUCCAAUUUGUACCACAAGGCACGACAUCACAACCCACCAGCACUGUGAUGGACACAAAUACUGAGGUUGCCGGUGCUUGUACUCAGACAAUGACAGUGGAGGAAAUAUUUGAGUCCAUGUAUGAAAAUGGUGCAGCAGCAAAGCCCCUACAUUCUUCAGUUGAGGAAGCUGUCGCAGAAGCUGUACCCAUUAUCGAAGGUACAAGCAAUGCCUGCAGUGUGUGUGGAGCAGAUUUUUACGACCCAGAUAAGAAUAGGAAGAGGAAGUGGCGAUCAUGGUCACAGUGCUUGGUGUGCCAUGGAUGGUCACACACUGCUUGUGGGUUCAAGAGGAACAUGUGUGCUAAAUGUCACACAGAAUGAU